CUGGAUGAGGAGCAAGCAAGGAGGGACGAGAGAAAGAAGUACAAGGACAAGUUCUCGUCGGUGUCCACGCAGCCGCCUCCGGAGGAUGAGUCAAUCCUGCCGGCGAAGUACGCGCUCCGCAAGUUGGAGAAAGGAAGCUACGUCGAGCUAUACUACUUCACUAAUGAAGGGCUCGAUACAGCGGACGCAUCAGCCAAUCAGUUCGAUGAAGACGCGCUCGUGGUGCACAGGGGAGAUGAUGGGGUUCCUUCUUGGGCCCCUGCGGGGAGUGCUAGAGGCACGAAGAACGUGACGGCCGACCAAGACCUCACCUUAGAACAGUUUCGGCAAGCCACUCCUCGCCUGCUCGGAGCGAUGGAAGACGCGAACUGGGACCCGAGGCGCGUGAAGAUGUUGCUGGAGUUCUGGAGAAACCUUCACAAGCACCCAUACUACUCGUCGCGUGACACGAACAAGCAGAGAGCCAUCCUGAUCUACCAAGGAGAGCAAAGGCAGAAAUGGCACCGAGCACUAGCUCAAGGCGCGUGGGACAUAGGCAUCUUGUCGGACAGGUUGCUCCUCGACGCGUUCGACAGAGCUUAUCGGCUAGAGCGGGAGAAGCUAGAUGCAUUGAGAGACGUGCACAUCGUCAGUGGCACGACGCAGGGCACUACUAGCUCAACUAGUACCCCGCGAGGCCGGGUUGAUGGUGCGAGCAGCCGCACAGCAAAAGCCCCAGCUAGAGCAGCAGCCGAUCCGUACCCACGCGACCGCAAGGCGGGUUUUCCGGACGGCGCAAGCGGAGCCGUCUUGUCCGCCUGCGCCAUCUGCCUGGGACGUCACAGGCACCGCGUCUACGACUGCGACGCCUCGCAGACAUGGAACGGAGCCUUCGCCACCAUGGCGAGACGCGACAAAAAGGACUUCACGCUCAACGAUGGCAGGGCGCUCUGCUACGAUUGGCAGAGAAGCAAGCGGUGUACCAGCACCCUUCACGACAGCCGUCAUCUCUGCUCGGGCUGCAGUCUCCCGACCCAUGGAGCCCAGACAUGCCCUCGAGCAGAGCCGGCUCCUCCCGCGAACCCCGUACCGGGCAAGUGAGUGGGAGA